GACUUCAAAGAGCAAAUCAUCCACCACGUCGCCACCAUCAUCCUCAUCAGCUUCUCCUGGUUCGCCAACUACAUCCGCGCAGGGACGUUGAUCUUGGCCCUGCACGACUCCUCGGAUUAUCUGCUGGAGUCCGCCAAGAUGUUCAACUACGCCGGCUGGAGAAACACCUGCAACAACAUCUUCAUCGUCUUCGCCGCCGUCUUCAUCGUUACCCGCCUGGUCAUCCUGCCCUUCUGGAUCAUGCACUGCACGAUGGUUUAUCCGCUGGAACUGUACCCCGCCUUUUUCGGCUACUACUUCUUCAACUUCAUGGUGGCGGUGCUGCAGGCGCUGCACAUCUUCUGGGCCUACCUCAUCAUCCGCAUGGCCCAGAAGUUCAUAACUGGAAAGGUGGUUGAGGAUGAGAGGAGCGACCGCGAAGAGACGGAC